AUAAAUACAACCCAGCCACUCAAACUGCAGCCAACACCACACUCGUGUCAGCAUCUCUGAAGCACGCGAAGCGAGUACAAAAGAAACCACCACAUCACACGCAACGCACCUGUACUGGUCUGUCCAACACAAAGGCAUUGCAGGCAAUAGGCCAUAACAGACUCACAACCACGCACGACAGUCGCAUUGUCGAUGGUCUGUGGAUGCGUUCAAUAGUGCAGUGUAUACCUAUACCUAUUACUUUCGUGUGUUUGUAUGUUUCCCUCGAGGACUAGUCAAGCUCUGGUAGUAGAACACUAACCGCUGUGCACUGUGUGGUGCGUUGUGUUACAUAUGUGUACACAUAUUUAUAUCUUUAUACUGUAGUUUAGUAUACAC